GAACUAACUCUCCGCAGCAGUUGGUCGUGCUGCUCAACGACCUCACCGUCAAAACAAGAACAUUGCUAAAAUUUGAUUGAGGACUCUUUCCAUCACUGCGUCGAAGAUAUGUUGAGAUGUCAGCUGCUUGGCGCAGGCAGGAGGCGCUGCCUGCCUCUGUCGAAGCGCGCCGCACGAGCUUUCGCCACCUCGCACCCCAAAAAUGCGGAGGUGGAGCUCACGAUAGAUGGGAAAAAGGUUUCUAUUGAAGCUGGAUCUGCUCUUAUCCAGGCCUGCGAGAAGGCCGGGGUUGUCGUGCCUAGAUACUGCUAUCAUGAAAAAUUAAUGAUCGCUGGAAAUUGUCGAAUGUGCUUAGUUGAAGUUGAGAAAGCACCAAAGCCAGUCGCAUCUUGUGCGUGGCCAGUCCAGCCUGGCAUGGUCGUCAAGACAGAUUCUCCGCUCACACACAAAGCUCGAGAGGGAGUGAUGGAAUUUCUUUUGGCUAAUCACCCCCUGGACUGCCCAAUUUGCGACCAAGGCGGCGAAUGCGAUUUGCAAGACCAGUCUAUGCGCUAUGGAGCGGACCGGGGCCGCUUCCAUGAAAUUUCCGGAAAACGUGGGGUAGAGGAUAAAAAUAUAGGACCGUUGAUCAAGACUUCAAUGAAUCGGUGCAUUCAUUGUACGCGAUGCGUUCGUUUUGCUAACGAUGUUGCGGGAGCCCCCGAACUCGGUUCUACAGGCCGAGGAAAUGAUUUACAGAUUGGGACCUACCUCGAGCGCAAUCUCGAUUCAGAAAUGUCGGGUAACGUCAUUGAUUUGUGCCCGGUAGGAGCCUUGACAUCAAAGCCGUACGCAUUCCGCGCACGGCCGUGGGAGUUGCAACAUUCAGAGUCGAUUGAUAUACUUGACGCUUUGGGAUCAAAUAUACGAAUCGAUUCACGUGGAAUGGAAGUCAUGAGGAUAUUGCCGAGACUCAACGAUGAUAUCAAUGAAGAAUGGAUCAAUGACAAAUCUAGAUUUGCUUGUGAUGGUUUGAAGACACAAAGACUUACCACCCCUCUUAUUCGGCGGGAGAACAAAUUUCAACCCGCGACGUGGGAGCAAGCUCUCAUGGAGAUUUCAGCAGCUUAUCAGAAUAUAGCGCCGAGCGGAAAUGAGUUUCAGGCUAUUGCGGGGCAUUUGACCGAAGUCGAGUCAUUGGUUGCCAUGAAAGAUCUCGCCAAUCGACUCGGUUCGGAAAAUCUUACGCUCGAUCAACCGCAGGGAGCACAACCCGUUGCGCAUGGUAUUGAUGUACGUUCAAACUAUCUUUUCAAUUCUAAAAUAUGGGGCGUUGAAGAGGCGGACUUUAUUUUGCUUAUCGGCACCAAUCCCCGUCACGAGGCUGCUGGUCUCAACGCUAGGAUACGUAAACAAUGGUUGAGAUCCGAACUUGAGGUCGGCUUGAUUGGAGAGGAUUUCGACAGUACAUUUGAAUAUGAGCACCUAGGCAGCGAUCUGUCGUCUUUGAAGAAGUCGCUCGCUGGAUCAUUUGGGAAAAAAUUGCAGACUGCAAAGCGGCCAAUGAUAAUUGUGGGGAGCGGCGCUGUUGAGCAUCCAGAUGCCAAAGCUGUCUUUGAAACAGUGGGGAGUUUCGUUGAUAAACAUAGCGCGAAUUUUUUGACUCCGGAGUGGAAUGGGUAUAAUGUGCUGCAACGUGCAGCAUCCCGGGCCGGAGCCUAUGAGGUCGGGUUUACGACGCCGUCUCCGGCCAUCUCUGCUACACAAUCCAAAUUCAUCUGGCUGCUUGGUGCGGAUGAGGUCAGCGAAGAGGAGAUUCCUCGGGAAGCAUUCGUCAUUUAUCAAGGCCAUCAUGGGGACCGUGGAGCACAACUUGCGAAUGUAAUCUUACCCGGCGCUGCCUAUACGGAAAAGUCUGCAACAUAUGUCAACACAGAAGGUCGUGUGCAGAUGACUCGAGCUGCUACGUCCCUUGCUGGUGCUGCGCGGGAAGAUUGGAAAAUAAUUCGAGCAGCAAGUGAAUACUUGGGCGUCGGUCUCCCUUAUGACGACGUCGAAGCGCUCCGCGACCGCAUGGAGGAAAUUUCGCCGAUCUUUAGACGAUAUGAUAUUGUGGAACCUGUAUCCCUCAGUUCACUCGGCAAGGCCCAGCUUGUGGACCAGAACAAAGGCUUAAGAUCCUCCUCCCAAGCUUUUAAGAAGGCUAUUGAAAAUUUUUAUUUCACUGAUGUUAUCUCACGAAGUUCACCAACUAUGGCCCGUUGUUCCGCAGCCAAAGCAACAGGUAACCCACAAACAAAUUUCAUGGCUCCAGGAGAGCCUCAACCCCAAGUGUCUUAUGGAUGAUGUAUUCGUCAGUAUUAUGAGCACAGUAAUUGGAUGGCUUCCCCAGUGGUUUGUUCAUGGAUCAAAUACCAUGAAGCAAAUCGGUUGCUAACAAAUGUUCUCUUUCUGAAUCGAUAUCGAACUAAGAAUUUUAAGGCGGUUAGAGCCGUGCUAUUAGACACAGAUUUGAUUGUAGAGCAUGCUAAGCAAUGACUCAGGAAAUAUAUGUGCUAAGUUAUCAUAAAUUAAUGACCAUUUGUUUCUCGCCUCUAGUAUUAUCGAACGCCG